AUGAGUCAGCUUUGCGAGUUUCCGAGACCACACCCGAAACAAGCCUGGCGUGGUAUGGCGCUUCGGACGCCUUGUCGACUAAAGGGCCUAUCGCACACACGACGACUCGAGCCGGGGAGGGUGUGGCAGCCUCGAAACGAGGGGACCGCCAGCCUCAACCACGUCGUUUCGACGCCUCCUUCCACCCACAUUUAUUAUCCUCCCGCCCCAAAUCAUUCUCGUCUGCCGUCUCUGUCAGCUAUUCCCCUCGAACCUCUCAUAAACCCCGUCUUGUUCUGGUCGGAGCACCAAAGUCGACUCGACUUACGUCGACUUGCGUCGAUUUACGUGAAGUCAAACCAAGUCGAAGGCCCAUGGGUCCGGCUCGGUCGACAGGUCGGGUUGUUCAACUUGGAAAACUGCAAAUACACACAGUCCUUAGUCAAUGCAAACAGCACUCGAGCACCAAACAAAUAUGCGACAACGACCUUCAGGGCUCAGGUGGUUCAUAGUCGAAUAAUCCCAGCCUCCUCAUCUGAAUCUGAUGCUAUAGUUUGCGCCCUCCGAGAUGCGGCCCUCGGCAACAAGAACUCAACGAGGCAACUGAGUCGCAACCCGGUGACGACAGGUUAUUGGACAGGAUGGAACAAAGUGAUUAGACUGAAACUGGGACUCACCUCGUCCUCCGGCUUGCGCCUGUCUGUGCCUCCCUUGCCUACCGGUUGCUUGGGCUCAACACCACCUGUCCGUGCGGGUAGAGUCGAGCAGGCAGACUCUGUUUGGACAUGCGAUAAAAAGACGAGAUGA